AUAAGAUGGCUUAAUGCAGCUUCCUGCAUUGACCAGCUAGCACAAAGCACUGUCCUGGCAGUGAGUCAGUUGUUGCACACAUUCACUGUCAUCAUUUGGCUUUCUCUUUAGAACUGCAUGAGCACUUUCAUUCUGAGGUGGCACUUGGUAGCACUCGUUUUGUUAAUGGUUGUCAGCUUGGAUGAGGCAGGCUCAGCCACCCUAUUAUGGGCUCUAUGGCAGGCAGACUGCGAAGAGUUACUGUGGUCCUGGUUGGAGGGUGGUUUACGCUGGUGGCUAGAGCUGGUGCUUUUCAGCUGGACUGGAGAGAGGCCCGUCUUGAAAAACAGGACCUUUUUCCUCCUGUUGUCUCACUGUUAAACUGCCCAUUGAAGCGUAUUUGGCCUUGGUCGCAGGUGUUUUGCAGGCUGGUAAUAAUACUUCUAGAAGUUGUUCUGCAUGGCAUAAUUUCCACCCCGAACCCGUGAUAGUUGCUGCAUUGGGCCAGGAGUCACGUGGAUGUUGUGUUUCAGAGCUGUGUCACCAAGUAGGAGGAAGAGUUGGCUGGUGACAGAGCUGGGGUGGUGGCCUGUGAGUAGAUGGCUCUGGCCUUACUGACUUUGCCCAUUUAGGGCUUGAGCAGGUAUAGUGGUUUCCUCCAGAGGCAUCUGUACGCAGUGGUGUGUGCUCUAUGGGUCCUUAGGGGACCAUGUCUGGUCUGCAGCUUCUCCCUUGCGAUGGAACAGAGCACAGGAUGAACUUGUAUGCCAUGCUUCUUUCAGAUAAUUUUUAUUCGGCAAAGGAGAGAGGCAGAUGCCGCGCUGUUUUCAGAACUGCACAGAAAGCUUCACUCGCAGGGAGUUUUGAAAAAUAAGUGGUCAAUACUCUACCUCUUGCUGAACCUCAGUGAGGACCCUCGCAAGCAAGCAAGCAAGGUGCCUGGCUAUGCUUCACUGUUUGCACAAGCACUCCCGAGAGACGCUCAUUCAACUCCCUACUACUACGCCAGGCCUCAGUCCCUCCCCCUCAACUACCAGGACCGGAGCACCCAGGCGGCACAGAGCUCAGGAAGCCUGGGCAGCAGCGGCAUCAGCAGCAUCAGCAUGUGUGGCCUCAAUGGCCCCGUGCCCGCACAGCAGCCUCUCCUCCCGGGACAGUCCCAUCAGGCUCCAGGAGUUGGGGAUUGCUUUCGACAGCAGUUGGGGUCACGACUUGCAUGGACGAUAACUGCAAAUCAGCCUUCUUCACAAACCCCUACCUCAAAGGGCGUCCCAAAUGCUCUUUCUCGAAACAUGACAAGGUCAAGGAGAGACGGGGAUGUGGGUGGUACUAUGGAAAUUACUGAAGCUGCUCUUGUAAGAGACAUUUUGUACGUCUUCCAGGGGAUCGAUGGCAAGAAUAUCAAAAUGAGCAGCACUGAAAAUUGUUACAAAGUGGAAGGAAAGGCAAACCUAAAUAAAUCUUUGAGGGACACGGCAGUCAGACUUGCUGAGUUGGGAUGGUUACAUAAUAAAAUCAGGAAAUACACUGACCAGAGGAGUCUGGACCGUUCAUUUGGACUUGUAGGUCAGAGCUUUUGUGCUGCCUUGCACCAAGAACUCAAAGAAUACUACCGAUUGCUCUCUGUUUUACAUUCCCAGCUACAACUUGAGGAUGAUCAAGGUGUGAAUUUGGGACUCGAGAGUAGCCUCACACUGCGGCGUCUUCUGGUUUGGACGUAUGACCCCAAAAUAAGACUGAAAACCCUUGCGGCACUGGUGGAUCAUUGCCAAGGAAGGAAAGGAGGUGAGCUGGCCUCAGCUGUCCAUGCCUAUACCAAGACGGGAGACCCGUACAUGCGGUCCCUGGUGCAGCACAUUCUGAGCUUGGUGUCUCAUCCUGUCCUGAGCUUCCUCUACCGCUGGAUCUACGAUGGGGAGCUGGAGGAUACGUACCAUGAAUUUUUUGUAGCAUCAGACCCAACGGUUAAAACAGAUCGACUAUGGCAUGACAAGUAUUCUUUGAGGAAAUCAAUGAUUCCUUCAUUUAUUACCAUGGAUCAGUCUAGGAAGGUUCUUUUGAUAGGAAAAUCAAUAAAUUUCUUGCAUCAAGUUUGCCAUGAUCAGACACCCACUACAAAGAUGAUAGCUGUGACCAAGUCUGCAGAGUCACCUCGGGAUGCUGCAGAUUUAUUCACGGAUUUAGAAAACGCAUUUCAAGGGAAAAUUGAUGCUGCUUAUUUUGAGACCAGCAAAUAUCUCUUGGAUGUUCUCAAUAAGAAGUACAACUUGCUGGACCACAUGCAGGCAAUGAGGCGAUACUUGCUUCUUGGGCAGGGAGAUUUUAUACGGCACUUAAUGGAUUUGCUAAAACCAGAACUUGUGCGCCCAGCAACGACUUUGUACCAACAUAACUUGACAGGAAUUCUUGAAACUGCUGUCAGAGCCACCAAUGCACAGUUUGACAGCCCUGAAACCCUGCGGAGGCUGGACGUGAGGCUGCUGGAGGUCUCUCCAGGUGACACUGGGUGGGAUGUCUUCAGCCUGGACUAUCACGUGGAUGGGCCGAUUGCAACUGUGUUCACGCGAGAGUGCAUGAGCCACUACCUAAGAGCGUUCAACUUCCUGUGGAGAGCCAAGCGCAUGGAGUACAUCCUCACGGACAUCCGCAAGGGGCACAUGUGCAACGCCAGGCUGCUACGGAGCAUGCCAGAGUUCUCUGGGGUGCUACACCAGUGUCACAUUCUGGCCUCGGAGAUGGUGCACUUCAUUCAUCAGAUGCAGUAUUACAUCACAUUCGAGGUGCUUGAGUGCUCAUGGGAUGAGCUUUGGAACAGAGUGCGGCAGGCCCAGGACUUGGACCACAUUAUUGCAGCACACGAGGCCUUUCUGGACACCAUCACCUCCCGCUGUCUGCUGGACGGGGACUCCAGGGUACUCUUAAACCAACUCAGAGCUGUGUUUGAUCAAAUUAUUGAACUUCAGAACACACAAGACGCAAUCUACAGAGCUGCUCUGGAAGAACUUCAGAGACGACUGCAGUUUGAGGAGAAGAAGAAGCAGCGUGAACCUGAGGGCCAGUGGGGAGUGACAGCGGCAGAGGAGGAGGAAGAGAACAGGAGGAUCCGAGAAUUUCAAGAAUCCAUACCAAAAAUGUGUUCACAGUUGCGGAUAUUAACACACUUCUACCAGGGUAUUGUGCAGCAGUUUUUGGUAUCAUUGACGACCAGCUCCGAUGAAAGUCUGCGGUUUCUUAGCUUCAGGUUGGACUUCAACGAACAUUAUAAAGCCAGAGAGCCCAGGCUCCGUGUGUCUCUGGGCACCAGAGGGCGGCGUAGCUCCCACACGUGAAGCACUGUGUCCCAAGGCGCCGCAGAUGCUGCUGUUGCUAGCAUUAUCAGACAUCGGUUCACAUUCAGAGCCUCCAGGCAGCUGGCACGCUGCAUUUGGUCACCUGUCUGCCCAGGAGGCCUGCAGUGUUUCAGUGGCAUGGCGUCUGGUAGAAUUAAAGUCAUGUUUUAUACACUGGAGUUGAAUGUUUGUGAUGUCGCUAAGCUAAACAGGCUGGCUCGUGCUGUUCAGAUUCCUCCUGAAAGUCUUCAUGUCAGGAGACACUGUGAUGUCAGGCUUCUUAAGUUCUCCAUGACGUAGUUCAUAGUUGUCACUUUAAAAAAACAAAACAGCUUCCUUUUAGCAAAAACUCGGGCAGUGGUGUCUUCAUAAGUUAAGAUGGUAACAUCUGCGAUUUUUUAAAAUCCUCUUUAGAGGACUUUUUUUUGCCAUGAUGCCGUUGUUCCCGCUUAAGGAGACACUGAGAGCAUCCUAUUUUAUUUUUGUUUGGUGUUGUAAUGUACUGACCCACGGGAGGACAUUUCUCAACGCCUCGCCUUCAUGGUUCUUACGUUCUCUUCUUCCAAAGUUUACAUUUUCAUAUUUAGUUUACUAUUUCGGAUAACUUGUAAACAGUACAGAAAAAAAAUAGCCAUGUAGAAGAGAAACACCCUUAAACAGUGCAACCCAGAUUUCUGGAAACCACCAGGUGAAGCAGUGUGAGAAUAAGAAUGACUUAGACGUGAACCGAGUGUUAUUUUCAAUCUCUGACAAGCAUUGAAAGAAGCCGACUUGAACAACAGGAUUUCUUCUCCUUGCCUGCUUUUUCAUUGUAAAUAUUUAUACCACUCACCAGAUGCUGGCGGAGCUGUUUUGUAAAUAUGUUACAUUGGGUCACAUAAAUCUGCCUUUCUUAUGUCAUAAAGAUGAGAACUUUGAGAUUAAACAGUUCUUUCAGGUGCACCGCUAUUUCCUGAUAGCCUGUGACAAGACAGUUCACUUGCCAGGUCUGGGGUGAUGCUUGCAUUGGGUUUCAUGUGUCACAGUAUGGGAAUUAUUUCAUUUGUGACACCAAGAAAUUAGUCCUGGUGCGACUCUCAGCAUGGAGCCAGGGGGAGUCCCAGCACUCACUGUCUGACAGCCACCUCUGAUUCCUUGAGCUGUGGCCACGCUUUGAAAUCACAGGUCACCGUGGAGUCCUGGCAAUGCAAAAUGAGUCCAUGGUGAAGCCAGACGUUCUUAGGCUAUAGAUUUAUUUUUAGUUUAAAAAUUUGCAAACCAGAAACUGAAGCAAGUUUCUGUUCUACAAGGUGUCCUGGGAAUUCUGGUGUCUCGUGUGUCUCGGGAGAACUGUCCAGUGCUAGUGACCACGGAGCCCGCUCCUGUCCUGGGUUAUUGGAAGCAUUGCUUCUAGGAUUAAUCCUCAGUGGAAGCCACUCUGGAAAACUCCACUUGGCUUUAGGGAUUGAAACUCCAUUUGAGCCCAAGUGUUGUCGGCAGUCAGACUAGAGCCAAAGGAGGUGGAGGCGGGAGCCUCCAAGCAGGAGCCUCCUGUCCUGAGCCGUGGCCUGGCGGGGUCUGGGGAUCCCUCAGAAAAGAUCGCUGUCUUGGAUGGGUGUUUGUGCUAAUGGCCCACUCAGUUUUACUGAGGUACAAAUUACUAGCUACUGGAGGGUCAGUGGCAGGGUAGGAAGCAUUUCGAGGUGGAGGCUAUGUGGCUUGGGAGUGGGCCUUUUUCAGGAAGCCAUGAUGAGGGAUGUUCUGUGUGGAGGGCCUGGUGUGAGGAGGUGCUUCGAGGAUGUGCCUGUGUUCCGAUAGAGUUAGUCCUGUGGCCCUGGGCAGCCCACAUAAGCCAGUGAGGACACCUCUGGGCCCUCCUGGGGAGCUCAGUGACUGGUGAAGGCACACUGUCCUCAGUGGCAGGGCUGCUUCCCUUGCCCUGUGACCUGAGAGGUGUGACGCCCUUACCUACUGUCACCAGCAGGAGGAUGGUGUCAGGUUUCUCAAGAAUGUGUCCACACACACUAAAAUCAGGGCAGAAGGGCAUGACUAACCUGAAGUGACACUUGUAGGAAAAGAGCACAUAAGCAGGUCCUAAAAUUGCUCUCAAGGCCCAAAGCUGGUGGUGCAGAUGGCCUGGCCUUGUGCGCUGACCACUGCCCUCUGGAUUAACCUGUGCUCCAGUGUGACCUGGCUGCUGGCAUUGUAUUUGGUUUCAGAGCUUCAGUUUUAAGUGGUAAGGACAAACCAUGCCUAUCUGCUGUUGUAACGGUGUCUAACUCAGGGCGAGGUGACCCCAUGAGCACAGCUGAGCCUUCUGUUAGUGGCUGUGAUGAGGGGAUGUGGGGAUGUGGGGGCUACGAGCAGCAUGCAGGAGCUUAGAGCUGGGAAACAGCAGGUGUGUGUGUGUCAGCUGGGAGAAAGGGAUCCAAUACACAGGUGGUAGGCCGAGCUUGGUUGUUUUUGUAUCAGGCAAACUCAGACUGGAGGGGGCAGGGGUCUGCUGUGAUCUGACUUGGGGGAAGAAAGGAGGAGGAGGAGGACUGGUUAGAGGAGCUUCCACCCUCUCUGAGACCUCUUGCCACUUGCAGAGAGAUACUGAUGCUAGUGAUCCUGCUUGAUGUUGAUGGGGUAUGAACCACUGGCACCAUCUUACUGGGUAGAUUUCAAACAACAUAGGUACCCUAAUUCUGAGGUAAUUUAGUCAUUUUUAUUUUUUGGAUACUAUGCAUUUCAUUUAGGCUUUCAAAUUUGUUGGCAUUUUUACACAGAUGCUUUUAUAAUUUUUAAAAUAGUCACGUGUUGUAUUGUUUUGGUUUUUUGAUUUUUGAGACACAUUCAUGCUAGGUAGCCCAGGCUGGCCUCAAACUCCGCA